AUGCUUUCAUGGUUAGCUCGUCGGGAAAGUGAAAGUGUGUACCACAGGCUGUUGAAAGAGCUGAGUUUAGAGGAUCACGAUACUCUGAAGAGCUGGACCAGGCUGGACAAGGACCAGUACCACAGACUUCUUGAGUUAGUAACACCUCUCAUUGCCAAAAGUGACAUUAAGAUGAGGAAAGCUGUCACUGCAGGAGAGCGUUUGACACUGACACUUCGUUACCUAGCCACAGGGGAAUCUCUAGUUUCACUCGCCUACCAGUUUCGCAUCAGCCACAACCUCAUCUCUUCAAUAAUACCUUCAGUAUGUAGAGCCAUCUACCAAGUUCUGCAGCCACAGUACCUUCACCUACCAAGAAACCAAAGUGAGUGGCAGCAUGUUGCAAGCCAGUACUAUGCAAGGUGGAAUUUUCCUAUGUGCAUUGGGGCUCUAGAUGGCAAGAGGAUACUAAUUUCUAAGCCACCACGUUCUGGGUCUGAAUAUUAUGACUACAAAGGCCAUUUUAGUCUCAUCAUGAUGGCACUGGUGGAUGCAGACUACAAAUUCAUGUAUGUUGACGUAGGUGCUAGUGGUCGAGCUAGUGAUGCUGGAGUGUGGGAGAGAUGUGGCCUCAGAGAUGCUAUUGAGGAAAAAAAAAAAAUUCCACCUUCUACCCCUAUUCCAUUCACCAGGAGGCAGUGUCCUUUUGUAAUAGUUGGUGAAGAUGCCUUUCCUCUCAAAACAUACCUCAUGAAGCCAUAUCCCGGGAAAGACCUACCCAAUGAAAAGCUAGUUUUCAACUAUCUACUCCACAAUUAUCUACGGGUAAAUUCUGGAAAAAAGCAUGCAGCAUCACACAACACACAUGGAGAGCAUAGGCAUGAAGAAGUGGAAGACGUCCUCCAGGAAACAUUUCAGAGACUACUACCCAUUGGCCGAGGUCACAGUAAUGAUGCUAAGGUGGUGCGGGAAACAUUUGAAGAAUACUUCAAUAAUGAAGGAAGUGUCCCUUGGCAAGCAGAGAGAAUGCUCAUGCACUAA